GUGGCGAUGUGUUGCAACGCGACCGGACUGCCUGGCAGCCCGGCCUUGGCGGAUGUGGUACUGUGUGCUCGCCGACGCCGAGUCACAGCCUUACUAAUAUACCAGCACGUCGUUGGGAGUAGUGUUCUUUUCAGGAAGUCUCUUUCAAGCUCAUCCACGGGUGCGGCAACAUGGUGGUGGCCAAGGUGUGGAAUCUGGUGAGGCGGCCAGAGGGAACUCCCCGUGUAGAUGACUUCGCCUUGGUGGAGGAGCAACUGCCACCGUGUAAAGAGGGAGAUGUGCUAGUGGAAGCUGUGGCCCUGAGUGUGGACCCAUACAUGAGGUACCGCUCAAGAAUUAUCCCUCUCAAUGCGCCCAUGUUUGGAUCACAAGUCGCCAAAGUCAUUGAGAGCAAGAAUCCUGAGUGGCCCGUGGGCACUCACUUGGUUCACUACGAGGGCUGGCGCACCCACUCCCUGCUCACAGCUCAAUACAUCAAAGAGAACCAGUUCACCAUAAAGCCUAUGCCAGAAAUGGGCAAUCUUCCAAAAAGUCUGGGAAUUGGCAUUCUGGGCAUGCCAGGAAACACUGCAUAUUUUGGGCUGCUUGACAUCUGUAAUCCCAAGGCAGGAGAAACAGUGCUGGUGAAUGGGGCUGCUGGUGCUGUGGGCAGUGCUGUGGUGCAGAUUGCCAAGAUCAAAGGAUGCACAGUGAUUGCCUUUGCUGGUUCUGAUGAGAAAGUGGCCUGGGUUAAGGAGCUUGGUGCAGACUACGUUUUUAAUUAUAAGACCACCAAUAUUAGCGACGCACUGAGCAAGAUGGCACCAAACGGCAUCAAUGUUUACUUUGAUAAUGUUGGUGGAAAGUUCACUGCAGAAGCCUUGCCACACAUGGCUGACUUCGGGAGAGUGUCAGUGUGUGGUGCAAUCUCCACCUACAAUGAGAAGAAAGACGAGGCAGUGGCCAUCAAUGGUGCUUUCAAGGAAGGCUUCUUGAUAAAGCAGCAGCUACGGGUUGAGGGAUUCCUUGUGCACCGCUGGAAUGACCGCUGGAUGGAGGGCCUUACCCAACUGAAGGAGUGGAUACUGCAGGGAAAACUGAAGUACAAGGAGACUGAAUUCCAUGGAUUUGAGAACAUGCCAAAAGCUUUCAUUGGCCUUUUCCACGGGGAAAACACAGGCAAGGCGGUGGUGCUGCCAUAGAGACGCUUGGUUGUGGAGCAGCUUAGUGAGUCACUUGCACACUUCAACUUGUAGAGAAAUUGAUGGGAAAUCUCUUGUUCUAGGUGUCUUCAUGACUGACUGAUAGAUAGUACUAUUGUUUUGCUAGUGGUGUUCAAAUAUCGCCAUAUUUAUAGUUUAUUUGAUUAUAAAGAGUGCUUUAUAUUUUUUUCUUGUCGUUUCAUGGAACAAAUAAGUUUUGAGUCAUAUUAAAUACCUUUUAGGCAACUGGGUACAUUUAGUAACUACAUUUAUGGUGCCUAUCCUCAUCCAUGGAGAAGUUACACUUGGCAGAGAUGCUUCAUGUAAACUCUUAGAGCAAUAAAGGCCUUUUACCAUU